GACGCAGCUCGCGGCCGCCGGGCUGGGGCUCCGAGGCUGGGCGGCUCCGCUCCGCCUCCGCCGCCGCCAGCGCGCCGCGCCGGGCCCGACAGGCCGCCGAGAGGAGCCGCGAGAGAGGGACGGGCAGCCAUGGCCGAGGCGGCGCCCGACCGGGCUUCAGAGAGGGACAGAAAAACAGGGAACGAAAGGCCUUCGACAACUUCUCCCUCACCCCAGCCAGCUGCUGAGAAGAACUCCUACCUCUACUCCACGGAGAUCACGCUGUGGACAGUGGUGGCUGCUAUCCAGGCCUUGGAGAAGAAAGUGGACUCCUGUCUGGCCCGCUUGCUGACUCUGGAGGGACGGACUGGGACAGCGGAGAAGAAGCUGGCCGACUUUGAGAAGACGACCUUGGAGUUCGGGAACCAGCUGGAGGGCAAGUGGGCCGUGCUGGGGACCCUGCUGCAGGAGUACGGGCUGCUGCAGAAGCGGCUGGAGAACAUGGAGAACCUGCUGAGGAACAGGAACUUCUGGAUCCUGCGGCUGCCCCCGGGCAGCAAGGGAGAGGCCCCCAAGGUGCCCGUGACCUUUGAUGAUGUGGCCGUGUAUUUUUCCGAGCUGGAGUGGGGCAAGCUGGAUCCUUGGCAGAAGAAUCUGUACAAGCACGUGAUGAGGGGCAACUACGAGAUGCUGGUCUCCCUGGAUUAUGCCAUCUCCAAACCAGACAUCCUCACUCGGAUAGAGAGGGGAGAGGAGCCUUGUCCUGAAGGCCUGUGGGGCCAGGAGGAGGGGGAAGAGAGAGAGGCAGCUUGCCCAGGCAGGCCGGACGCUGUUCCAGAGCACAUUCCCAGCCCAGUCAGGUCUGACCAGGAGGGUCCAAAUGAAAGGCAGGCCCCCGAGCACCAGAGAGACUCAGGAGCAAGAGUAACUCCACCUGGAACAAGCACGGGGCCCCCAGCCAGUACCAGCAUUUUGUCCGCAAUUAAACUGGAGGAAGAUUCUUCAGAUGGGGAGUCCCCUGUCUCCCCUCCUAGGGACAUCCUGCCCAGCAUGGGGCUAGGUGGUGCUGGAGGUGUGGUCAUCAAGACGGAGGCACAGUCUGAGGACGAGAUGAUGCCCGAGCAGCUCUUCCUGGGGAAGCCCCCCGGCCAGACCCCGAGUACAGUCCCCAAGGGGCCCAAGAGCAGGACUGGGGGUCCCCGCCAGCUUCAUGCCCAGGGAGUGCCCAGGGUGCGGGCAGGGGACCCUCGGCCUCGGCCCGCAGGGGCGGGGGGGGAGGUGCCCCGCAUCCUCCCUCGCCGGCGAGAGCGGACCUUCCCCUGCCCCGACUGCGGGCAGAGCUUCCGCCUGAAGAUCAACCUGACCAUCCACCAGCGGACCCACGUGGGAGGGAGCAGCAGCGGCAGGCCCAGGCCAGCUCGCCCAGCGGGUGGGGGGGGAGGCCCACUCCGCGCUGGAGCCUUGGGGAGGUGGUGGGUGUCCGGGCCCGUCAUCCGCUGGCUCCCCGAAGAGCCCGAGGCCCCCCCCCUGGCGGGCCGGUCCUUCGUGGGGCGGCGGCCGGCGGCCAAGGUGUACCACUGCAGCGAGUGCCUGCGCUUCUUCCAGCGGCGCAAGAGCCUGCUGCUGCACCAGCGGCUGCACACGGGCAACAGCCAGGGCUGGCCGGCCUGCCCGUACUGCGGCAAGGCCUUCCGCCGGCCCUCGGACCUCUUCCGGCACCAGCGCAUCCACACCGGGGAGCGGCCCUACCAGUGCCCGCAGUGCGGCCGGGCCUUCAACCGGAACCACCACCUGACCAUCCACAUGCAGACCCACGCGCGGGGCCAGGCCUGCCCGGGGAGCCCGCCCCGGCCCCGGCCCGGCCACUCGGAGGAGGGCUGACCCGGCAGGAGCCCGGGCACCGGCAGGACCUUCUCUCCGCCUGUUGGGCCCUGCCCCUCGGGCCUGACGCUGGUUCCUGGUCCUGGGAUGGCUUUGGAGAGAGCUUUUUCUUUUCAUUCAAAUGGAAGCAGCGCCCUUCUUGGUGACAGUGUUUGAGUGCCACAGUUGCUUCCACUUCCUGUUUCCUCAGUUUGUUACUCUUUGCUGCCUUUUCUACAUUCCUGACUUAUAAAGGACCCCCUCAGGCUUAGGGGCGCCUUAUUUUGGGUGGGGGCCUUCGCGGAUUCCAUGGACGGGCAAGUGGACCAGGGAUCACGGUGCUUUCAGUAGAGGCGAUGGAAACAUUGAGGGCCUGGGGUGUUGAUUGUACAUAGAGGACUGGGGCCCGCUGCACGUGAGAAAGAGCAGAGCGGACAGGCAGCCUGAAGAGUAGGCCCUGGAAGUUAGGCUUUUCUACUUCGUUACUUUGAAACUUUUUUUUGCCUCCUUAGGAAGCUUUUCUGGUGCUUUUGUAAGAGUUGUGUGUGGUUGCCAAGGGGACCACGAACCUCUGGGUGGCAGGACUAUUCAGCCAUCUGCCUCUGCGUGGGGACCAUAGAGCCGGGUCCAGACCAGCCUGGGUGUUGAUGGGAUGCCUUGGCUGCUGCCCUGGAAACCAGGUGUCUUCCCAAGUGUGUGUGCCUUGGCCCAGAGUGAUUCCCGUUGUUCCUGGGCCUUCCUGUAGAGGGGGUUGAUUGACUUUGGUUAUCAGUAGAGAAGUGGAAACUGAAGCCCAGAGUAGAUGACGUCCCCAUGGUCUCAGUGUUCAAGGGUGUGCAUGCUCCAUGCCCAUAGGUCGCCACAAGGGGGACGGGGGUGCCUCAGGAAGCAAGCCCAAGAAGCUCCUUCUGAGCAAAAGGUCCAGGUUUGGGUGAGGCUGGUCAGCCAACUGGGUGGUUUGUCAUGUUAAAGGAGGGGGCUGUCUCCAAGAACUAGGGCCUUCUGCAGCGUUCGACCAGGAGACCUGGGUUAAUUUGUUCACCACCUCCAGCCUGGUGUUCCUCAUUUACCCCAGUGCAUCCUACCUCACCUUAGGGUUGUCAGGGUCAUAAUAGAUUAAGAGGCAACCAAAUAGGAAGCCUGAUUUCUUCCUUCCUUUCAAGUUCGGGGCCGCUUCUCCCUUCUGUGUUGAUCUCCAGCCCAUUCUCUCAGGAUCCAUCAGGAAGAGCCUUUAUUUUGUGAAGUGAGUGGAAGGUCAGGUGGGUGCAGAGUGGGGUGAGUCUCUCAUUGGGUUUUAUCCCCAGGAGCGCUUGGUAUUUCAGUGAAACAAAUUCUUACCAAAGCAGAGAGUCAAACUGAAUGUUCAGGCAAUAGCAUGAGGCCUCAAGGAGAAGUCUUGACAGCAAUGAGCUCCUUGUGCCUCUUAAAUCAUACCACUCUGGGUGCUGCCUCUAGACCAGCCCUCCGGUUGGGUGAUUUUGAAGCUUGGGUGAUGGGUCCUCAGCUGUUUGUCUUAUUUGUCUGGCACUAUGUGAAGAGGACUGCAUCCAGGUGCCUGGGUCCCUGGCUGUGCCCCCUCAGACUGUAAAUGAACAGAGUUUGGGGCAGAUGGUAACAUUGCCAUCAACUCUGGGGCACGAGUGAGUAUACAAGUCAGCGACAGCUCAGCCAAGCUCCCCUGGGCUUGGGAAGAAGAGGUGCCACUGUUUGUCUAUACUGGUAGCCCUCAGCCCUCUCCAGGGGCCCCACAAGUCUGGGCAAGGCUGUCAGCAAGUGCUCAAACAGGAUAUGGUGCAAGUGUAGCUGCUCUGAUCUUAACCCUCAGCUGCAAGAGCUGGUCUCAGGUGUUUCCCUGGGGAUGCCUCAGGGCUAAGAGAGGCCCUGUGUCAAUACUGGUAUCCUUAGAAGCCAAACGUGAGAAAUUACAAGGCACCUACGCCCCCUUCUUCCAAAGCAGUAAAUGUGCUGCGCCCCAGGCAAGGCCUUGUAAGUUCUGACACCCAGUAGGUGUUCAAAGAAAGUUGUGCCUCCAAAAUGAGUCAAGGGAGCCUGUGUGUUGCAGGAGCAGAUUGGACCUCAGGGACUCCAGAGGCUGGAGCCUGGUAUGGCCUUAUGCUCACUCCCCGCUCUGGGUCUUGGCUUCCUCAUUUGUAAAACAAAGAAAGGUGGGGUGCUGGUGUUAAAGGCCCUGAAGAACUGAUGGUGGCAGUUCCUUGCCUCAGUCUAGAGUCAAUAAAUAUAUUGGACUAAUUGA